GUUGACAUCUGAGCAGCAGUAGUACUACAAGUGAAUUCAUGUAUACCGAGUGUGUCUUACUAGAAUGUUUUUUCGACUCGUGUAUGAGAUUUCUGCACACUAACAACCCAAUUUAGGCAAACUAGAAGAACAACUAUAUACUGUACAUGGCAUUACUAUGCACCCUAAUCUUUCUCCUAGUCAAAUGAUUAUGUGUUACUCGUGAGGCAAAACUGCACUGGUUGACAUCUGCACACUACUAGUAUUGUACUAUUAGUGAAGUGCUUGAUUUGAACUGGUAAAAUUUUACAAUCUCACUCGGGGUACUAGUAGGAAAUAGAUGUCAGUGCAUAAUUUUGCCUCACUAGUAACAUAAUCACUAUCUUACUAGUAUACCAACGUUAUUCUACUAGCAAGGGCAAGGAGGUUUCUGCAUUUAUUUGAUAUAAUCGAUACAGAGGUUACAGUACUAGUGCGUGACGCAUGCCUACUAGUUGGGCCUUGUCGUGUUACUAGUUCAGCACAUUAGUCGACCAAUAAGGUUUAAUUAAUGAAAAUGUGACAAAGGGGCAUUUGUUGACUGAAGACAUUUUACUGUAAGAGUCUUCUACUAGUUCACCCUAGUCAUUCUACUAGUGUACUGAAUUGUCUUUUUAGUGAGGGCAAUGAGCAUACCAGUACAUGGACGACUGAGUGCACCAGGAGUGUAUCCAAUAAAUACUCAAACGGCUUUACAUAGUUGGCAACAUCUGACUGGCACAUUUCAGGCAAGCGUUGGUUGAACAUAAUUGGGUAAAAGGCCGACAUGUCCCGUCAUGUAAAACGUCGAGACGCGGCGCGUGUCAUCAUGACAUUCCAGCAGCUUGAGUCAUGUGACACUCACCUUUAGCACACACACACUGCCAUGAUGGCAUACCCUAGGAAAGCACACGCUUCCUGUAAGCGUCGCCUCAUCAUUAUUACAGGCUGCCAUUCUGAAACGAGACACUUGACAGUAAAAUGGAUCAAUGGGCAACCCGUCGGGGCGUGUAGAAAGUCCACGUGCUGUUGGCAGUUUCACUUUGGCAUUCACAUGACCUCACAGAGACCCGUGCCAUGAUAAAGCAAGGAAAAUGACCUUUCUGUUUCUCCCUGUUUCUAGUAACACGAGAUGCUGGUGCAACAGUCAGCAGCCAGGAGAAGUCAGCCCAUGCCGGGAACCCUGUGUGUCCUCAGGGGAACCGCAAACUCAGCAGCUGUUGUGACAGUAAGUACGCUUACUGAAUUCAUAUUGUAUAGCUUUUUUUUUUUUUUUUUUUGCCGGAGGUGUAAAAGUUGUGUUCAUCAGCACAAAAACCGUCAUUGAAAAUGUACUGCAAUUUAAUACGGCCGCUUUUGUGGCAACAGGCUGACUCAUCUCCACAGGCAUGUGUGCACAUUGAUGUGGUUUGUCAAGAAAGAGUAACUCUCCAAAAGGCUCCACACCCUCAAUUGCGUGUUUCAUAAUUGGCCCGGUGUGCAACGUUCACAGUGUCACCACUCAUUGUUGUAGCAUAAUAUAAAAAGAUACCUUAUCAAUGAUGCAUUUGUAGGUAUUAUAACCACACAAUUCCACCCACAGUACUGUAGUGUGUUAAAAAUGUAAUUAUGUCUUUAGGGCAUUAAUGUUGCAAUAUUUCUACCUUAUGAAAUAUGUCUUUGUGGAGGAGUUUAAGCACAUUGGAAUCAGAAAAAAAGAGUAAAAUUAGAUAUGCACUGUAAAACAAUAACAUAUUCACUCCAUGAUGGUAAAUACUAUAGGUUCAACCUACACUAAUUGAAGAGCAUAUUUAUUAUACCAGAUUAGGACAACACACUGCGGCACGAGAAUAGAAUGGAAUAGAAUAUAUUUGGUACAAAUUAAAAUUUUAAAAAUUGUCACACAAAAUUGUGGAAAUAGAAACGUCAGAAGAAAAUGAUGAUAUAUAAAUUUGCAAUAUUUUUAUUUUUUAGUCAGAUUAUUUUUUGGGUGCUCGAUCGAUUUUACAUACAUCAUACAGUACUUUGUUACUUUGUAUAUCAGUGAUGUAGCGUAGCUGGAAAAUAAUAUUGGACAUGAACUUUUGACUUUCACUUUCAGUGACUCACUCAAAACUGAAAAUGACUCAGUGACAGUGAGUACUUUUUGUCAUACUCUUAAUAUACUUAGACCAGACACAAGUCUGAAUAACUAAACACCAAAAUGUGUUUUUCCCAAAUGUAUUAACAGCAGUCGUUGUGGCUAAGAGCUUCAAGUAUCCCGGCCGUAGGAAACUCUCACCAUAUUAGGAAAAUUACGUCAUGUCACGUGUCUGAAUUCCGCGAGAGAUUCCAGACACCAUUAUUUCCCGUAAACGAGGAGGGGCGUGGCGAAACGUUAGUCCCGCUUUAAGAGUUUACAACGGCACAAAGACCGCCACAUUAUGACUUCUAGGCGAGUGACUCAUCAUCAUAUGAUACACCGAGAGUCGAUUCUAGAAGUUUAAGGACUACUGGACCAAAAACAAAACGUUUAUUCCUUCUACUACACCCCUUCGAUUCGUCACUGCUUGGACUCGACCGACCUGCCUCACUUUCAGAGUGGGUUCACUUUUAAUGUGAAACUUUCUUUAUUCAACACUCGCGUGGACUAUAUUUUAACAUAUCGACCUUGGUUGGGAGCACUUAUUUGAUUUUAAAAAAUAUACAUAAAUAUUUCAACAGAAAGGAUGUACCGAGGUCACGGAAGAGGCAACCUGGCAUAUGCGGGCGGCGCUUCUGGGUCAAACGCUGCUUCCUUGGAAAGCACCACUACUUCCACUACACAAGAGCAGAAGUUAACCAUCCCCGGCUCCAGCCAAUUCGUGCCCAGCCUCAACGCCAUCACAACCAGCCAGGACCUCCAGUGGCUAGUGCAGCCCUCCCUCAUGCAUCCGCCGGGUCCUUCCCGCUCUCCAGUGCCACCUUACCCGUCCUUAUCCAGGACACGCCCGCAGGGUCCACCGCCUCCGCCCCCAUCUCAUUCACACUUCAUCCGGCCGGGCAUCAUCAGAGACAGCGCCAACCUGGCCAUGGGUACGACGCGCCGCAGGAACGACGAGCACUUGUCUCACGAGGAGCUGGAGAGACGGAGAAUAAGGAGAGAACGUAACAAACUGGCAGCUGCCAAAUGUCGCAAUCGCCGUCGGGAGCUGACCGACACGUUGCAAAACGAGACGGACCUGCUGGAGGAUGAAAAGUCCCGUUUACAGAAAGAGAUAGCCGAGCUCCAAAAGCAGAAAGAGAAACUGGAGUUGGUUUUGGAGGCUCAUCGUCCCAUCUGUAAAAUCCAAGACUCAGACUCGGACUCGGACGCCAGUGCCACGCUCUCGUCCUUGGCGGGCAUCAAGAUGGAGCCCGAGGACUACAGUGCGCCCGGACCGUCGCGACCCAAGCAGACAGCCAAGGUGGAAAAGCCCAAACCCAAGAUCACCAUCCCCACCAAGACAUCCUCCUCAUCUUCAUCCUCAUCUUCAUCGUUAACACUGGCCGUCAGCCAAGAGUCCGAGGCCCUGCACACCCCCAUCCUGACCUCCACCCCUUCCCUCACUCCUUUCACGGCAAGUAUGAUUUUCACGUACCCCUCGGCCCCGGUGGACGCGCCCCAUCAGGCUCCACAACCCUGCAGUGUGGCGCACCGGCGCAGCAGCAGUAGCGGCGACCAGUCGGAUCACUCCCUUCACUCACCCACCAUCCUCACCUUGUGACUGAUGACGUGAUUGCAACCGACAAUUUCAAACCUUUUUUGAAACUUGUACUUUUUUUUUUUUUUUUUUUUGUAAGGAAAAGGCAUUCUCUUCUCCAGGAUUCCUCAAAUUUUUGGGGUCCAUGGUGAAUUUUCUCAUAGUCGUCACACUAAUUAAGCUUAUGUACUCUGUGUAGCACUAAAUGCUAUAGGAAAUAAAAGCUGCACGUUUAAAAAAAAACACAAUAUGACAAUAUCUAUAUUUUUCUUUUACCGUAAAAAUAAGGUACAAUAUUGACUUU